CCCUACUCUACUGCUUCCCUCUUCUCUGCAGAACGCUGAUGUGUGACUAACUUCAGUCUCCAACUGCAAAAAUGUUCAAUUUCGGAUCAAAACUGCUGCUGCUGCUCCUCCUGGCUUUCCCGUGCGGACUGAUAUCUAUCAGCCUGGUGUCGGCUGAAUCCGACUCGGAUGAGUAUAUUGACGCAGAUGCUUCCGUCGAUGAGGAUGAGGACGAUGAUGAUGACGAAGACGAGGCACUCGUGGAAGAUCAGAUUCACAGCUCGGAAGGAGACGAUGAAGAUGAUGCAGAAAGUGAUGAGAAACUGUUAACAUCUCAUCCGGAUGCCGACACAACCAUCAUCUUCACCACAGGAGAAGAGUUUCUGGCCGAUGAAAUUGUGAGAUUCCUGGUGGGUUUCACCAACAAGGGCAGUCAGGAUUUCAACGUUCAGUCCUUGGAGGCUUCCUUCCGUUACCCCCAGGACUUCCAGUUCUACAUUCAGAAUUUCACAGCUUUGCCUCUGAACACUCUGGUUCAUCCCGCCGCUCAAGCCUCCUUCGAGUACUCUUUCAUCCCAGCGCAGCCCAUGGCUGGUCGUCCAUUUGGUCUUGUCAUCCUCCUCAACUAUCUUGACGCUGAGGGCAACAUGUUUCAGACUGCCAUUUACAACCAGACUGUCACCAUCACUGAGAGAGAAGGAGGACUGGAUGGUGAAACAGUGUUUAUGUACAUCUUCCUCACUGGACUGGUGUUGCUGAUGCUCUUUGGAAUGUACCAGGUGCUGGAGACAAGGACGAAAAAGCGACUCCCAAUAAAGAUAGAGAAAGGCACUGGUGGAAUGAGCGACGUGGACAUCAGCUGGAUUCCUCAGGAGACUCUCAAUGCCAUGAACAAAGCUUCCCCCAAAACCUCUCCACGGAAACGAACCAAGCGGGCAGCUGGAGUGGAUCAAUAAAAGCUGCUUGUUUCCCUUCAAUCAACAUGACGUCCAUGAGGAUUUUAAAACUCAUUUCCUUGCACAUGUCUCUUGUGUGAUGGAUCACUAUAUUUGGACUUCCAAUUUGUGCCUCUCUUCUCUUGGAGUUGCCGCAUUGACACUAAGAGCACUGAAUUGUUCAUUUUAAUGCUUUUUUUUUUUUUUAAAUCAGUAUGAGUGUUUGUGAAGUUUAACCCCAGAGAGUGAAAAGGAAAUGUGUAGCUCAGUGGAUCUUCACACAAGAAUGCUGUAAAGCCAUCUUAAUUGUCUUAGGAAUGGAUUUUUUUUAACAAAUAACACAAUGGAUCCUCACCAUGUGCCAUUUCGCAGAACCCCACAAAGCCCUUGUGUUUACAAAUUUGAUUACUUAAAAUACACUGUCGUGAUAUGUCGGCAAUAUUAAAAUACACUGUCGUGAUAUGUCGGCAAUAUAGUGGGGUGAUGGCAGCUACAAUUAAAAAGGUUUCUGCAGGUUGAUAUACGCUGAUAUUCAUCUUCCUAUAACAGUAUUGGAGGUCUGCAAGCUAUUUCAUGGGGAAUACAUGCUGCAAGCAUAUGGUUUGCAAAUACCUGUGAUAAAAUACAUUUUUGAAAAUAAUAAAAAUGUGACAC